AUGUUCGCUCCUACACGUCUAAAGGUUCAGCUUAAGCUGGCCAUAAACCGUCUGAAGAUGCUUCAAGCUAAGAAGAACUCACUCAAUCAGCACCAGAGAAGAGAGAUUGCAACUCUUUUGGAAAAAGGAAAGGUUGAGAGUGCGCGUAUACGAGUAGAGCAUAUUAUUCGAGAGGAUCUGUUGAUGGAGGCCAUGGAGAUUCUAGAACUUUACUGCGAUCUUUUGCUGGCUAGAUUUGGGCUGAUUGAGCAAUACAGGCAAGCUAGUUUCCAUUCUUUAUUAUGUUAUACUAUGGUAUGCGAUCCCGGUAUCUCGGAGGCAGUGCAUACUAUUAUUUGGGCUACACCUCGCGCAGAUGAAGUCAAAGAGCUUGGUGUGGUCAGGGAUCAGCUUGCCUUUCGUUUUGGAAAGGAAUUUGUGCUUUCUGCUUUGGACAACACUGAGAAUCAAGUGAACCCGAGGGUUAUAUCCAAGAUGCAGGUCAACGCACCCGAUGCCUUCUUGGUGGAACGAUACUUGGAAGAAAUCGCAAAGUCAUACGAUGUUGGAUGGGUUUCAGAUGUUCUUGCUCGGGAACAAACAUACAACGAUGGUGAUUUCGACGACAAUGAUGAUGAUGACACACCUAGUGGUGGUAUUGCUGAAAAGGUAUGUGAGAUGUCUACAAACAGUACUACUGAUCUUUAUAUAAUUUCUAUUAUAAAACCAGGUUCACCAAGAAGCUGA